UGGUUCAGUUCCUUUUCAUUUUAAGUUCGAUUGAGAUGGUAAGCUUGUUAUCUUAAAAUCACUAACAAGUGUCUAUUUGAUUUUUCAAAAUGAGAAAUGUUGAAAUUAAGGCAAGAAUUAAAGAACUGUCUGCUAUUUUAGAAAAAGCACGUUUGUUAAGCGGUUCCAGUGGUGAACUAAUAAAACAGCAUGAUACAUUUUACUGUGUCCAAAAGGGACGUCUGAAAUUAAGAAAAUUUGAGAGUGGCGAUUCGGAAUUGAUUUAUUAUGAAAGACCUGAUGUGGAAGGACCAAAGUUGUCAUCAUAUUCAAAAGCGGAAAUCAAGGCGCAGAGCACUUCAGGUUUAAAUGAUGUACUAGAUCAAGCUUUAGGAACAAGUGGGGUUGUUAAAAAAGUUAGACAUUUAUUUAUGGUUGAUCAAACGAGGGUUCAUGUGGAUUCUGUAGAAGGCUUAGGUGAUUUUAUGGAACUCGAAGUUGCUUUAAAGCCUGAGCAGAGUGUUGAAGAUGGUGAAAAAAUUGCUGUUUCAUUAAUGGAACAGUUAGGCGUAGGUAAAGAAGAUUUACUUUCUGGUGCUUAUACGGACCUAUUAAAACAGAAAUAAAGAUAAUUUUUUGCAAGAA